AUUUCAUUUCAUUUCCUUAGCAUUGUAAACUUGCCUUUCUUUAUUUUCUUGCUUAGCAGAUGUCUCCAAUUGAUGUAAAAUCCCCAAAACACUGUGAAGAAAAAGGCUUCAAAGUAGAAAAUCUAUUCCCAAAAAAGAAGUUAUUCUUUUGCUUCUCAACAAUUUCCCUCUCUAUUCUCUCAUUCAUCUUUCUUCUUUACCUCACACUUCAUCCUACAAAACCAAAUUUCACAUUAAGAGAAGCUGAUAUUUAUCAACUCAAUCUCUCAGGUCCACGCCAACUGCUUAACUCGUCUAUACAACUCACCCUCGUAUCGAAAAAUCCAAAUAAGAAAGUUGGAAUUUACUACGAUGAAUUGCAAGUGUUUGCUUCUUAUAAAGGACAACAAAUUACUCUUCAUACUUCUCUUCCUCCAUUUUAUCAAGGCCAUGAAGAUAGUAAUUUUUUAUCGGCUUUGUUGAUUGGGAAUGGAUUGCCAGUGGAUCCUUAUUUUGGUUAUGAGGUGCAACGUGACCAAAGUGUUGGAAAACUGAUUAUGAAUUUGAAAGGAAGUGGUAGGUUGAGAUGGAAAGUUGGAACUUGGGUUUCUGGGAAGUAUAGGUUUAAUGUUGAUUGUGUUGCUAUUAUGCCUUUUGGAUCUUCCUUGCCAUCUGCUCCGCUUAGUUUUAGACAAGGAGCGCAAUGUUCUACCACUCUUUGAAUUAAAUAUUACUAGAAAUAAUUAAUUAAAGCCCUUCCUCACAUAGGGAGUAUAUUGUUCUUCUUUUAAUUUCAUAUAUAUUUUGUAUGAUUAUACUAUUGUAAAUUAUCUUUUGAUGAAAGGUACUUGAGUAUACAUCCGCCAAAUUAAACUAAUCGCGUUGGGUCUAUUGUACACCAUAUAUAUUUGCAACUUUUGUUAUCAUAAAUUAUAUUGAUGAGAAAUAUAAAAG